GACCCUUGAUGAGGAGGGCAAGCUUUUCAGUGAGCCUCAGAAAAUGCAUAAAGAAUGAAUGACUUCAUUUUAAAGCAAAAGUUAAAACAUCAUAAAAACAAAGCAAAACAAAUGUGGAGGCACGUUCAGAACCCGGACGUCCUCCAGGUCACAGAUCAGUGAUCCGCCCCAACACAUCCUGCAACAUCUGUUCUGUGUAGUUUUAUUAAUAGAUUAAUAUCUGUGCCUGUUUCACCCAGAGGAGUUCACUGUCCCUGAAACAGCCUCAUGUUGUUCAUUCAACUCUUAUCUGACUGAAUUUCUGUUAGAACUCUGAAACAGACUGAAGCUGAAGCUGGUGCUGGUGUGAGACAGGUUCUGCUCUGGUUCUGCUCUGGUUCUGCUCUGAAACCAGCGAGUCAGAACUGAGAGAGGUCUGGUUCUGAUUGAUUCCUGGUCAGUCUUAUUGAUUAUGUAUCGGUGGGUCCUGUGUUUGUUCUGAGGAACCUGCUGAUGUUCCCUGUUUAUUCUGAUUUGACUGACGGUCCUGACGUCAUGUGUUUACAGCCCUGACGUCAUGUGUCACAGUACAGACACAUAAAGUGAAAUGACCAAUUAAUUAGACAGAUUAAUCAGAGGCUCGGGUAAUGACGGCUCCAUGGUUUUGGCACGCGCAGCAGCAGUCCGGCUCCUCGCGCGCGGAUCCAGUCCGGGAUUUCAGGUCUGAUGACAGACCGCUUCACCAGAGCAGCCCUCCAACAGAUCCCUCCGCGGGGUCAGACACACUUUUUACACAACACAAACAAACGAUCGCAGCCGGACGCGCACACACACACACCGACACGGUUCACACUGUCGCUCCCGGUGAACGUCGCCUAUAACCGGGCGUAAAGAUCCAGCCCGGUCCGGUGAACGUGUCUGCUCCGGUACCGGAGUUAAUGUUUUCUAGGACCUACUUCUCCUGCUGUCGCUGACAGGCGGUGCUUCGGUCGCUCCCAAACAUGGCCUCCAUGACGGAGCGACCGCUUCAACUUUAAUUUUUCGCCAAUUUUCACAGCGAAACCGUCUUUUUUCCUCCUCGGUCCACGGGAAUGUUCGGUCGGAACACCGAAUCAUGGCAGACUCGUGAAGCAGAUGUGAUCUUUGGGAGAAGUUCGCUGUUGGAUUCAAACAGAUCGCUUUAAGUUGGCUGAAAGCUGGAGAGGAAAAAGAGAAUUGCAUCAAAUCAAAUGCCAUCUGAGACUCAGUCUCAGGAGCCUCGGGACAGAGGACCGGCCCCUCCAGUCACUCGGGCCGGACGCAGCGCUCAGCUGGCCAAAGCUGCUGCCACUAGCCCCGCCCCCGAGAGGAGGCCUCGUGGUCGACCUCGCAAAGAUGGCAGUGGCAGCCGCUCUGCACCUCCUGCCCCUCCUACUCCUCCUCCACCUCCACCUCCCAAAUCAAGGAAGAAGGGGCGGAGCCGAGGCCGAGCCCAGGUAGAGGACGAAGAGAGCAUGGACGCCAUGGAGAAGAAACCCCCCCAGAAGACGGAGCUGAAGGAGAAGACACCAGGACGCCGUCGGUCCACCUCCAGGAGAAAAUCCAACAUAAACCCUGCCCCUGCCCCUGAAUCAAGCCAGGACCGCCUCACUCCAGAACCUGAGCCGGACCCUGACCCACCUCAUCGUGACCCCACAGUGGCAAAGUCCAGCCCACAACCACCUCCCAAUGCAGAGGAGGAGGACAGGACCAGCUCAGCUCCUGCUGCCCCCAUCCCAACCUCCAGUCCUGGGAGGGGACCUCAAGUUAAUCCCCCUCCCCCUUCCCCAGACCUGAGCCCAGUCUACAGCCCAGCUUCCAGACCCAGCCCCCCUCCUGAUCCUGUGGAAGGGGACCGGCCCAGCCCCAUCCACGGCCCGAGCCACGGCCCAAUCCACAGCCCGGGCCACAGCCCAGGCUCCGCCCCCAUGGAGACAGAGGGGGGUGCGGCCAGUCCCUUGGAGCAGAUCCUGGUCCUGAGUCCCUGCUCCAGUCCUCCGGUGUCCCCCUGCCCCCGGCUGGAUGACGACGACUCGCUGUCCCCCCUGUCGGAGGACUCCGGGGCCUCGCCCACACCGAGCCUGGGACACACCAAAAAACGUCUGAAGCAGUGUGCCUUCUGUUACCGUGGCGACGCGCCUCCUCUGGGUCAGGGCCGCCUGGUGGUGUUCGGCCCGACACCGGGCUACAUCCCGCUCCACAUCCUCAACCGCCGCGCCUCCUCUGACCGAGACAAUGACUGCCACGACCACUGCUACCGCGGUGACCAGGCCCUGCUCACGUGCGGCAGUCCAGAGCAGUGUGAGGAGUCCUCCUCAGAGUUUGUGGAGCAGCUUGGACCCGUCGGUCUUCCACACGACAUCAACGUCCAGUCACUGUUUGACUUCACAGGUCAGUGCUGUGCUCACCUGCAGUGUGCAGCCUGGUCAGAGGGGGUGUGUCGCGGAGAAGGCCAGUCACUGCUCUACGUGGACAAAGCCAUCGACUUAGGAAGCACGCAGGUGUGUGCAUUCUGCCGUCGGCUCGGGGCGUCACUUCGUUGCCAGGAGAUGAGUUGUGGGCGGAGCUACCACUUCCCUUGUGCUGCUGCCGCCGGCGCUCACCAGGACUGGACCCAGAGACACACACUGUGUACAAGACACACACACACAGUGUCCUCACAGUGUGUGCUGUGUUCGGGCGGCGGUGAUGUCAGCGGUCUGUUGAUGUGUUGUUGCUGUGGUGACCAUUACCAUGGCAGCUGCCUGGACCCCCCUCUGGUCCCCUCCUCCCUGUGCCGGGCUGGCUGGCAGUGUCAUCGGUGUCGAACGUGUCAGAGCUGCAGGUUGCGAGGGGAUGAUGGAGUGUUGCUUGUGUGUGAUCGCUGUGAUAAAGCCUACCACACGCACUGUCUAACACCACCUCUGGAUCACACACCGAGCGCCAGCUGGACCUGCAAGAACUGCAGAAUCUGUCGUCGCUGUGGUGUGAGGUCAUCAGGCCAAUGGGCCAAUCACCCAUUUCUCUGUGAGUCAUGUGACCUGGCCCUGCCCUGCCCUCUCUGUGACCAUGCCCCCGACCUCGACACACCACAGGACUCUCUGACUUGUAUCUGCUGCUAUAGGUGUGUCCACACAGAGUGUGUUGUCCAGGCUGGGGAGGGCAGGGCAGGGUCUGAAAAUUACGUCUGCUCCACCUGCAGGCCUCAGGAGGAGGAACUAAUCUCACACGCUUCAACCCCAGACAGUCCUACUCUAGCCAUGUCGCUCAGUUCCACACAGGCACCAUCUAUUAGCAUUUCACAGCCACCAAUUCCAGGUCAUGUAGAAGCUCAACCCAUCAGUCAUACCACUGAUAGCCCAGUCCAGCUCGUCUUUUCAGAGCAACCUCAGAGUCCCGCCAAGACCCUCUGUACAUCAUCACAGGAAAGUCUUACGCCAUCUUACCCUGAACCCAUGGAGCUCCAGCUUAGUCCUGCGCCAUCUCAUCCUGAACCCUCAGGGCUCCAUCUUAGUCCUGCGCCAUCUCACCCUGAACCCUCAGGACUCCAUCUUAGUCCUGCACCAUCUCACCCUGAACCCAUGGAGCUCCAGCCCUCGCCUGCACCAUCUCACCCUGACCCUUUAGAGCUCCAGCAUAGUCCUGCACCAUCUCACCCUGAACCCACAGAGCUCCAGCAUAGUCCUGCGCCAUCUCACCCUGAACCCACAGAGCUCCAGCAUAGUCCUGCGCCAUCUCACCCUGAACCCACAGAGCUCCAGCAUAGUCCUGCGCCAUCUCAUCCUGAACCCACAGAGCUCCAGCAUAGUCCUGCGCCAUCUCACCCUGAACCCACAGAGCUCCAGCAUAGUCCUGCACCAUCUCACCCUGACCCCUUAGAGCCUCAGCUUAGUCCUGCGCCAACUUACACUGAUCCCACAGAGCUUCAGCUUAGUCGUACGCCAUCUCACCCUGACCCCUUAGAGCCUCAGCUUAGUCCUGCGCCAACUUACACUGAACCCACAGAGCUCCAGCAUAGUCCUGCGCCAUCACACCCAGACCCCUUAGAGCUUCAUCUUAGUCCUGCAUCAUCUAACCCUGAAUCCACAGAGCUCCAGCAUAGUCCUGCACCAUCUCACCAUGACCACAUAGAGCUCAAGCAUAGUCCGGCGCCAUCUCAUUCUGGACCCACAGAUCUCAAACCCAGUCCUGCGCCAUCUCACCCUGACCCCUUAGAACUCCAGCACAGUCCAGCGCCAUCUCAUCCUGAACCCGAAGAGCUCCAGCAUAGUCCUGCGCCAUCUCAUUCUGAAAACAUGGAGCUCCAAACUAGUCCUGUGUCAUCUCACCCUGAACCCACAGAACUCCAACCCAGUCUUGCACCAUCUCGCAUUGAACCUGAGGAGCUCCAGCAUAGUCCUGUACCAUCUGAACCCAUGGAGUUCCAACAUGGUCCUGUGCAGUCUCACUCUGAACUGAUGGAGGUCCAACAUAGUCUUGCGCCAUCUAACCCUGAACCUGAGGUGCUCCAGCAUGGUCCUGAGCCAUCUCGGCCUGAACCUACAGAACUCCAACGUACUCCUGAACCAUCUGAACCCAAGGAGCUCCAACAUAGUCCUGCGCCAUCUCAUCCUGAAAGCACAGAGCACCAACAUAGUCCUGUACCAUCUAACCCUGAACCCAUGAAACUUCAACCCAGUCCUGCUCCAUCUCACUCUGAACCUAUAGAACCACAACCCUGUCCUGCUCCAUCUCACCCUGAACCCACAGAACCACAACCCAGUCCUGCCCAAUCUCAUCCUGAACCCACAGAAAUCCAAACCAGACCUACCCCAUCUCACCUUGAACCCACAGAACCACAACCCAGUCCUGCCCCAUCUCACCUUGAACCCACAGAACUCCAAACCAGUCCUGCCCCAUCUCACCUUGAACCCAUAGAACUCCAACCCAGUCCUGUGCCACCUCACCCUGAACAAACAAAUCACCAGCGUAGUCCUGUGCUAUCUCAGCCUGAAACCUCAGAGAUUCCCGCUAGCUCUGCAACAUCCCCACCUGAACACACAGAGCUCCAGUGUAGUCCUGCACCAUCUUGCCGUGAACAAACAGAUCACCAACGUAGUCCUGCACCAACUCAGCCUGUACCCACAGAGUUUGAGUGCAGUACUUUGCUGUCUGGUUCUAAUCCAAAAGAGCUUCAACAAAGUCCACUGCCAUCUCAACUUGAUCACACAGAGCUUGAAACAAGUCCUUCGGCAUCUUACCUUGAUACUGAAAAAGAGUUCCAACAAAGCUGUACACCAUCUCAACUGGGUCUUACAGAACACCAGGAAAGCCACACCUCUCCUCACUUAAGUCCAGCAGAGCGUCGGCAAAGCCCUACACAGUCUCACUCUGGCCCAGCACAACCCCUUAAAAGUCUUAUGUCAUGCCCAGAGGGUACUGCUGAGCUGCAAAAAUGUCCUACGCAAGUGACUUUGAUACAGGCUCAGCACAGUCCUCACCAGCUAAUUUGCACCUCUCAUAGCCAUACUCAGAAUUCCACAGAGGAUCAGCUUAUGGCCACAGAGUCUCAGCUGAGUCCAACACAAGGUUUUCCCAUGUCUCGUAGCUAUGCACACUCUCCACACAGUCCGACCAAGACGGGGCUUAGUCCAUCCCAGGCGCUGCCAGGGUCUGUCGAACCUCAGCAAAGCCUUCCACCACACAGUCUUGUGCAGGACUACACUUCACAGACACAGCUUAAUAGAUUGUGUAGUACUGAUGUCAUCACACAGCCUCACCACAGUCCCCCACAAAUACGACACAGUCCUAUAACAAGUCCUGUACACGUAGGCACCUCGCUUCCACAGAGUCCCACAGAGGAUAUUAAACUUACACUGGACCAGGAGAACCCUGGAUCAAGCAGCCCUGCUCAGUUGCGAUUAGAGGCUGCAGGGGAUAUUUCCACACUGGACCAUGACCUCUCACCAGUCUACUUGAGGUCUGCACAAACACCAAGGAGAUGCACCUCACUGAGGCCUAAUUCAGCUCCAUGUAGCCCAUCACCGGCCCCACUCAGAGCCAGACAGUGUAGUCUGUCACAACCUGCAAGCCCAGUACUGGUCCACUCUUCACAGACUGUUAGGCCACAGUUAAGCCUACCAUCAUCUCAGCUUGCUACACAGUCAAGAGUCACAAAGGAAUGCACCCAAACCAGCACCAUGGAGAUGAAGUCCUUGCAUCAUAACCCUAUGCAGCUGAGUCCUAACCUUGAUGGCCAAACACUGGAAAGUUGCCCUGGGCCUCAUAGCCAUGGCACAGAUGGCAAACCAGACCAGCUUAGUCCUCUUCAGAGUAGCGCACUAAGCCCAGACCAUUAUAGCCCCCUUCACAUACCUGCCAUGCCCAAACCAGAAAGCCUUGUUCACAAUAGCACUUCAAUGGAACACAGUAGCCUAACUUGCUCACCUUGUGCUGAUGAAACAGAGGUAAUUCCUCGCCUAGCUAGCCACAGUCAUCAGACUCCCUCUGGUGACAGCCCAUCACGCUGCACAGAAGCUAUUGAAGGUGAAGCCAACCUCAUACAUAUCCAAAAUAGCUCGGCUAGCUCAAGACCCAAACAUGCCAGUCAAAUGCCUACUAUCCCUGCCAGGUCUCUUCUGGCCUGUGCUAGCCCCAUACAAAUGGUGACUAGCCCUACACAUGUCAGCAAUUUGGUGCAACCAAUCAACCCAGUAGCACCACCAGUUAAAUCCUUAAUACAACCAGCUAGUCCCUCGGCAGUACUGGCUAGACCUGCUCACACCAUCUCAUGUCAAGUUGAGGAGAUGGAGGUAGCUAUUGACCACCCCGACCAGCUGACCAGUCAUCUUAACUCUUCUCCGGACAGUUCAGGUCAUACUACCCCAGUCCACACAGAAACUAACAAUGGUGAUAGUAUGAGGGGCUCCCUGCACGCUCAAGAGAGAACUGAUCCCUCUGUUUGCAGAUUUGCAAGCCAAAGUCCCACACGUCAUAGUCAGUCAAGUCCCUCAUAUGUCCGUUCUACUUGCAGUCCCUCAGAAUCUUCUGCAGAACAGAAGAGCCCCCUGUCAUCUCCAGCUAGCUUUAGUCCUCAACACUGUAGGCUGACUGAUGCUAACCCAGCUAGUAGCUCAGUGAGCCACAGUCUGAGCCAUAGUGGCCAGACAACUUCCCAGUCUGUUAGUUUAACUGAUGUUACCGUCAUCCACAGUCCACCAAGGUCUAGUCCUGCUGGUCAAGCUAGUCCUUUUCACAUACAAAGCACCUCUAGUAGUGCCCACUCAGGCCCAGUCCAAAGACAGAUGCCCUCAUUAGCUAGCACACCACACAGUAGCCCUGCACCUGCUAAUAUCGCUUGUGUUAGCUCGCCACACAGUCCAGCUCAGUCCACUGAAAGAUAUUUUACCCCCAUAGGUAGCCCCCAUUGCAGCCCACGUCCUGACACUGGAACCAGUUCUAGCCCCACUGUGGCACAGCUAAGCCCCACUGUGGCUAGUCCUGAUGUGGACCUGGUGGCCAGUCCAGUUCAGACAUCUGUUCUUCACAGUGUGGUUCAACUUGAUUCUGACCUUUUGAGACCUGUAGACAGUAUUAGACAGACAAGCCCAAAAUCUGCCAGUUCCCUGAUUGAUGACUCAUCUGCUGUUAGCCCCAACCAGGCAUGUCCAAGCCCAGUUAGCCAUUCACAAGUUAGUCCUCUUCAUACCACCAACGCUUCUGCUGUUGAAAGCCAACAGAGCAAUGCCUCGGGUAGCCCUCAGUAUGAAAGAUCAGCCACCCCUGUUGAUGCUACUUCCACCCAGUCUACCCUGAACCAUGCAAGCCCUGUCCAUUCUAGUCCCACUCAGGAUAACACAGCGAUGCCUAGCACAUGCAGCAAUAGUGAAACGUCCUAUAGUUCUGCUCCCUCACAGGUUAGCUCUGCUGAGACACUCUCUCCUCAAACCCAACAAGCUCAAGCUAGCUCUGUGCGCAGUAGCCCAGUCGCAAGUCCUGGUCUUGGUCCAAUGCAAUCAAGCAUUACACAGAUUAACCCUAGUCCUGUAGCUGCCAGUCCUGUGAAGCCUGAGGCUUGUCCUGGUCCUGGUAGCCCUUUGAGGUUUGAGUUCAGCCCUGUUGCCAGUUCUGUAAGCCCUGUUUUUGCCAACUCUGAGCAGUUGGAAACAACUGCUAUUACUGGUCCUACUAGCCCUUUGCAGCCUGACGCUGAUGCUGGUCCUGGAUGCCCAUCUAUGGUCAGCCCCCAGCAACACACACAGAUGGAAGCAGAGUCUGUAGCCACUUUGGGCAUCUGCGUGGUUCAGGUUCAGGAAGAGAUGUUGCAAGAGAGGAAGACUGAAGAGGAGAAGAAUAUGGAGGGAGAAGCUCUGCAGCAGGAGGAGGCGGGGGAUUCCUAUCAGACAAAGGAUAGGCCAGAAGAUGAGAAGCUUGUUGACAGUGCAGAAGAAGGAGGAGAACAAGAACUUGAGGGCGAGGAGGAUCAACGCAGCAGCUCAAACUGUCCUCCUGCAGGAGUCCAGCUGGGAUCUGUUCUGAAAGAAGACCAUCAGUCUUCUCCUCACACUGAGGCUGCUGCCUCCCCCGUCCUCUCACAUUCUGCCCCUCACUCCCCCCAAACCAUCACACCACUCUCUGCCUUACUCCCUCAGCAGCCCUCCUUCUCCCUCUCAUCUUCACCGCCUGCCUCCCCCUUCACCUCACCACAGUCUCCUCCUCCUCCUCUUUCUAGAGCUGGCUCUCUAGAAGCCUCUCCCUCUUCCCCCCACAGGACUGCCUUACUCACCUCCAGCUCCCCCCCUCUUGAGGUGCGCCCCCAGGAGGAGGAAGUAACAAAUCAACGACAAGCGGAGAUGGGAAAGGGAGUGGAGGCGGAGCCAGAGGACAAAACACUAUCCUGUCAUGUAACAUCGGUGGAUGAUGACAGCCAAUCACAGAGCCAGUUUGAACCUGUUGCGAGGGCAACAGAACCCACCAAAGAUGAGCACCAGUCACUUGCUGAGCCUUCAGAUAGGGAUGAGGAGCCUCCUGAUACACCAGAGCCAACGGCAUCACACGGCUCAGCUGCUAGUGAUGUGGUUUCCAGGCAACAGCCAAUGAGGGAGGAGGAGGAGGAGCAGGGGGAGGGACCAUCUGAGAGGAUGGGUGAGGACCAAGUGGAUGACGCAAAGGAGGGCACUCUGCAGGUCGACCAGUCAGAUGGGGAGGAGGAGGAGCCAGUCAGCCCUGUGCUGGAUCUGGACCCCUCUCUGGACAUGGAGGUGAUGGAGCUGAUGGCCUCAUCUCCUCCCCCCUCCCUCCUGCACCUCUCCUCUCCCAGCCUGCCUACAUUCUCCCGCCGAGGGAAGGGUCGUAGUCUCAGACGUCCUCCCUGCUCCUCCAGGCCAUCAGAUGACCUCUCCAUCCGUCUCAGGCAGUCUCCUUUCUCCACUGAAGCGUCACCUGAGACCUCCCCUGUCAGAAUUCCCAUCACCCCACCUCCUCUCUCUCCACUCUCACCAUCCCUUGGGUACUCCCCCCCAGACAGAGAGUCACCACCUCUCUCCAAGCCUCAGGCUCCCACCACCAUUCUCCCCCUCACUCCUAAAAUCGGUAUGGGUAAACCGGCCAUUACCAAGAGGAAGUUCUCCCCCGGCCGAGCCAGGAUCAAACAGGGUUCGUGGUGGAAUAGUCGCAGGGCGGUGAGCCCCCCCUCCUCCUCCCAGGAUUCCAUGGGGGAGGGCGGGUGGGACAGCCCUAAGCCCCGCCCACCGGACUCCCCCCUCUGGAGCAUGAGAGUGGGUCGUGGUUCAGGGUUUCCGGGUAGGAGGAGGUCCAGAGGGGGCGGUGUUGGAGCAGGACGAGGAGCAAGAGGAAGGAGUCGACUGAAGACUCAGGACUGUCUGACGGUGUCACCUGGAUCUGUGUAUGUGGAGCCGUUCCAGCCGAAGGAGGAGGAGGAGAACUCGAUGCACAACACAGUAGUGAUGUUCUCCACCUCGGACCACUUCACCCUCAGACAAGACAUGUGUGUGGUGUGUGGUAGUUUUGGUCAGGGGGCUGAAGGCAGACUGUUGGCCUGCUCUCAGUGUGGACAGUGUUACCAUCCCUACUGUGUGAACGUCAAGAUUACACGUGUGGUCCUGACCAAAGGGUGGCGCUGUCUGGAGUGUACUGUGUGUGAGGCGUGCGGCGAGGCCAGUGACCCCGGGCGACUGUUGUUAUGUGAUGACUGUGACAUCAGCUACCACACCUACUGCCUGGACCCGCCCCUUCAUACUGUACCUAAAGGAGCCUGGAAGUGCAAGUGGUGUGUGUGGUGUGUCCAGUGUGGCUCCUCCUCCCCUGGGCUGCACUGUGAUUGGCAGAAUAACUACAGUCGCUGUGGACCAUGUGAUAGUCUGAGCCGCUGUCCUCUCUGUCAGAGACAAUACUCGCAGGACGACCUCAUACUGCAGUGUCAGCAGUGUGACAGGUGGGUCCAUGCUGUGUGUCAGGGUCUGACCACUGAAGAGGAGGUGGAGGUUGCUGCUGAUGAAGGCUUUGACUGCUCGCUGUGCCGAACACACAACCGCAGCUCUUUAGGGAGGUCAGACAGCUUCGAGUCACCCUACAUGGCUCAGAUCAUCUCCAGGAUCAGAGAACCCGACACAAAGACGUACACCCAGGAUGGAGUGUGUCUGACCGAGUCAGGUCUCUCUCACCUGCAGUCUCUAGUUGAACCGCUGACGUCACCGCGCAGGUACCGCAGGUGUAAACCCAAACUGAAGCUGAGGAUCAUCAACCAGAACAGUGUGUCCGUCCUGCAGACUCCGUCUGAGCCUGAGCCCCCCACUGAGCAGGACCACAGCAGAGGUGACCUGGAGUGUGAGAUGAAAUCUGACUCGAGUCCUGAGCGAGACCACGCCCACGACGAUGACAUCACCAAGGAGCCUGAGGUUACCGACGUCAACAAGAAGAGGAAGAGGAAACCCUACAGGCCUGGUAUCGGGGGCUUCAUGGUGCGUCAGCGUGGAGGAAAGGCCGGGCCGAGCAGAAUCAAACUGUGCAGGAAAGACUCAACAGAGACGCUGCUGGGUCGAGACGAAGAUGUUUCCAUGGAGACAGCGCCCCCUGCUGACCAGACGAUGGAGAAGGUGAAGAAGAGGUACAGGAAGAAGAAAACCAAGCUGGAGGAGGCUUUCCCUUCCUAUCUCCAGGAGGCGUUCUUUGGUAGGGAUCUUCUGGACCGGAGCCGGCUGGUGGACAGAAGGCCGGGACCAGAGACACCAGGUGCCGGCCAAUCAGGAGCAGCGACAGAUGAAACAAAAGGCUCCACCCCUGGAUUACAUGGCCUCUCCGCCAUGACAACAAACGCCAUCAAGAAGCAGGGAACGCUGCCCAUGUCGGAGGGAGCUCUGUUGGAUCUGUCUGAUGUUCUCAACACUGAUCCUCACAUCCUGGCGACAGGACACACAGGUCAGUUCCAGGUGGAGCGCUCCCCCUCUCCAUUCGCCGGUCUGGACAUCAGCUCCAUGGCCGAUGACCCCUCUUUGACAGGAAGUGGUGGGCGUGGCCAGAGGACGCUGCAGGAGGAGCCUCUGGACGCCAUCUUGAGUCCUGAGCUUGACAAGAUGGUCACAGACGGUGCCAUCCUCAGCAAACUGUACAAGAUCCCAGAGCUGGAGGGCAAGGACGUGGAGGAGGUUUUCACUGCUGUUCUCAGCCCAAAUGGAAACAACAGCCAAUCAGAGCAGAGCCAACACACAUACACUGCUGCUGGGAGCAAGACACACCCACACCACGCAGCAGCUGCUGUGUUUCCUCGUCUCCCACUGAUGAACGGCCUCAUGGGAGCUGCUUCACACUUUCAUCAAACUCCCAUGAUGCCUAGCGGCACCCAGGGUCCAGCAGGCUUUAGGUUGCCCCCUCCAGAGACCCCCGCCCCCACUCCACUCAGAGGCCCCGCCCCCGGACUGGCCUCGGCCAACCAGGGUUCUGCAGGAGAAGGGGAGCAGGAUGUGAUGUCGACGGCUCAGAGGAGCAUGUUGAAGUGGGAGAAAGAAGAAACUCUGGGAGAGAUGGCGACUGUCGCGCCGGUGCUUUACUGCAACACCAACUUCCCCCAGCUGAGGGAGCAGUACCCAGACUGGUCCACCAGAGUGAAACAGAUAGCGAAGCUGUGGAGGAAGGCCAGCUCUCAGGACAGAGCGCCCUUCGUGCAAAAAGCUCGAGAUAACCGGGCGGCUCAGCGCAUCAACAAGGUGCAGCUGUCCAACGACCCGCUCAAACGGCACCAACCCACGCAGCCGCCACCACCGCCGCUGGGGCCUUACGACCCUGUUGCCAUGGAGAUGGAGGGGGCGUUCAAGGACCCUCUGAGGCCCAAAGAGACAGAGCAGGAGCAGGAGUGGAAGCUCAGACAGGGAGAGGUAAAUGACAGAUGGGGAGCCGGUAAGAAGAGGCAGGAAAAUCUCCCCCAAAGCAAAGCCCUAAAAUCACCAACAGAUAAAGAUUGUCCCUACCAGGCAUCUGUAGCAGGAGGUGGAAAAGAGGCUCUGCAACUGCGUCAGAUGAGUAAGCAGCAGGCCAAGAUGGAGGCUACUCAGAAGUUGGAGCAGGUGAAGAACGAGCAGCUCCUGCAGCAGAGGCAGCAGCAGCAGCUGUUAGCUGGCCAACGCCUCGCCGGCCAGCUGUCCCCGGACACGGACAGCCGCAGCCCUGUUGCCGGGGGUAACGCCUCCCCCCUCCAUCUACCAGCAUCCAGGGAGGGUCAGUGCAGACAGCACCUCCUCCUGCAAGGAGGCCAGAGUUCAGGACAGGCUGACGACGUCUUCCUCAGACCACAAGCCCCUCCCCCCUCCGGCUUCUCCUCACUCCCUCACUCACCUCACCCCUCCUCCCCUCUCCACCAGCCCCCAUCCUCCCCACAGAUGUUCUCCCCACCCUCCUCCCGCCCCUCCUCACCAUGGGACCCCUACAGUAAGGUAGUGGGAACUCCUCGCCCCGCCUCCUCCCAGGCUGGUGGCCUCCCAGCCCCCCAGCAGCAGCAGCGUCGCAACUCCCUCAGCGCCUCUCCGGCCCACGAUGCCUUUGGUUCUUCUGCACCCUCACCAGACUCUAAGCCCACCGACAUCUCCAGGGUCCUCGUGCCCCAACCAGGUCUUCAGCAGAGAGGAGCAGGUAUGAUGAGUCCCUCCUCCGGACAUGUUGGUCUCCGAGCAGCUGAGAACUUCCAGCGGACUCCUCCCAGCAGCAGUUCGGCGCGUGUUGCUGUGUCUGAACUGUUCAGUCGGACUGGUGAACCGGUCCAUGGUGGGUUGUUCAAAGCCCCGAUGCCCCCCCAGCACCAGCCUCAGCAGGAGGUGUUUGGUGGUACAGGAGGAGGAAGGAGGGACCCAUCUAGACCCACAGAUCUGCCCUUCGCCCUCCCCCAGGCGCAGGACCCUGCCUUUCCCUCUAGUCCGCUGUCUGGGCUGGGCUCCCCCCACCGCAGCCCCUAUGCCCAGACACCUGGCACUCCUAGACCUGACUACAGUCAGCAGAUCAAUGACCCAUUCACCCAGCAGUCACCUUUGACCUCCAGGCCUUCACCUGACCCCUAUACCAACCCUCAGACCCCUGGUACACCACGGCCACAUUCUGACCCCACAUACCUCACCACACCACCUGCGUUGAGACUGGACCAGUUUAACCAGCAGUCUGCCGGCCACCGGCCGUCCCCCUCACACCCAAACAUUGACCCCUAUUCCUCUAAUCCAGGGACGCCCCGCCCCUCCAUUUCUGAGCGCUUCCCACGAUCACCUGGGAGCCAGCGGAGCACUGACCCUUACACCCAGCCUGCUGGUACACCACGCCCCUCACCGGAUCCCUACGCCCAGCAGCCCUCCACGCCACGGCCCCAGAAGGCCCCUGAACCCUUCAGCCAGAACCCAGUGGAGAGCUUCACACCUCAGCCUGCAGCAUCCUGCUCAUCGCCUUUGGCUGGAGGACUGUCAGGAGAGACCUUCACCAUGACACACCACCAGAUGCAGCAGUCUCCAGGGAGACAACACCAUCAGGACUUUCCCAGAACCCCCAGCAGCCAGACCCCAAAGCACCCGGGGAUGUUGGAUGAGAGCAAUUUCUCUGGCUUGGCUGGUCAGAAUCCUGGUCACGACACCUUUGAGCAGGGUCACAUGACACCCGGCACCCCACAGAUGGACAAGACGACAACCAAUGAAAUGGCAGCGCUGGCAGUGGCUUCCUUAGACACACCAAUGAGCAUGCUGCCGCAGCUUGGUGACUCAGAGGAGAAGCUGAGACAACGUCAGCGGCUCCGGCAGCUCAUCCUGAGACAGCAGCAGCAGAAGAGUGCAUUACGGCAAGAGAAAGGUCUUCAGGAAGCAGCUUCUGGACCCCCUGCUGCUCCUCCUGGACCCAUCCCGCCUUCUGCUCCAUCUCGUCUCUGGUCUCAAGAGGACUCCUCUGCUCCUCCAACAGACAUGUUUGGACGUCCCCCACCCCCUUACCCUGGCACAGUGAGGCCUGGUGGGGCAGUGGGGCCUCCAGCACCGAGGUUCCCUGGAGGUUUCCCAGGGGAACAGCAGAGGGGCUUCAACCCCAACAAAGGUUCCCUCCCAAGGCAGAGCCUCCCCAGAGAGCUGGGGGUCCGAGGACCAGCCCUGAGGUUCGGAUUACCUCCAGGACCUCCAGCAGGUGUCCAGGACUCUUUCUUGCGUCCUCCCCAGGGUUCAGUUCCUGGACCUGUGGAGUUUACAGGGAUCCGACCCCUCGUGGCAUCCAGUGCUCACAUGAUGCCAGGCAUCCCUCAGCAGUUCCUCCCACGCUCCCUCCCCCUCCAGCAGCACAGCAUCAUGGGACAGCCCUACAUUGAGCUAAGACACCGUGCCCCUGAAAAUCGGCUGAGGUUGCCCUUCCCUCUGCCCACCGGGGACUCCGAGCAUUCGGUCCAGCCCGGUCAGGGGAACAGGCUGGGUGAGACGCCACUGGGCCAGCAGAUGGUGAUGGAGCAGCCGAACCAGCAGCACCAGCAGCACGUGGGACACACAGGGACACUGACGCAGAGCAGUGAGUCAGCGCUCCCAGCGGGUGAUGGGAUGGAGGAGCACCUGGAGGGAGAGGACUCUGCCGUGAAGGAUCUGGAGGACGUGGAGGUGAAAGAUCUGGUCGACCUGAACCUGAACCUUGACCCUGAAGAUGGUAAAGAAGACCUGGAUCUGGGUCCUAAUGACCUCCACCUCGAUGACUUCCUGCUGUCAGGGAAGUUCGACCUGAUCGCAUACGCUGACCCUGAGCUCAAUCUGGAGGACAAGAAGGACAUGUUCAACGAGGAGCUGGACCUGGGGGAGCAGGUGGAGGAGAAGGAAGUGGGGGAGAGGAAGGACGGUUCCAGCGGGACCAGAAAGACAGACAGCCACUCCUACCUAGGCCAGGUCAAACAGGAAGUGCAGGAUGUUGCUAAGACAGAAGCCAGGGACGUCCUCUCUGUAGCCCAGCAGCCUGCAUCACAAGCUGGGAUGGUCACCACCACCAGACCCUCCAGACCUCCAGGAGCCCAGGCCACCAAGGUGGAGGACUCUGGUUCUGCUUCAGGGGCCGUGCCAGUUUCUCAGAACCAGGAUCAGGCCCCCUCAUCAGGCAUGACUCCCAGGACUCACCCCCCAAUAUCUGGAGGUCCACAGUCCGUCUUCCAGCAGCAGCAGAGACCAUUUGGAGCCUCCUUGGCCUCAUCGGCUCUCUUCAGUCCCCACACUCAGGGUCUCCUGGUGUCUCCCCAUCCUAGUCUUACUCCUCAGGACCCCCCUGCCCCACCUCACCAGCUGCAACCCUCCCAACCUCACCUCCUCCUCAACCCCCAGACUCAGCCUGCGCAUCCGGGAACCUCCACCCAGACCCCAACCCAAGCUGUCUUCUCACAGAAUCAGAACCAGGACCAGAACAAGAACAGGCCUCUGCUCCUAGAGGAGCAGCCGCUCCUCCUGCAGGACCUCCUGGACCAGGAGCGCCAGGAGCAGCAGCAGCAGAAACAGAUGCAGGCCCUGAUCAGACAGAGGCCCAGCCCAGAGUCUGUGUUACCCAACAUGGCAGACUUUGACUCCAUCUCUGACCCCAUCAUGAAGGCCAAGAUGGUGGCAUUGAAGGGCAUCAAUAAGGUCAUGACCCAGGGCACCCUGGGACUGAGCCCCAUGGUCAUGAACAGGUUCCAGCAGGCUCCAGUGGCCCCAGUGGCUCCUGGUCCAGAGGGGACUCCUCAGCCUCCACACCCGGUGGUACAGGACGGGAAGUUGAAUCCCCAGUUGGUGCGACCCAACCCCCCCAGCUUCGGCCCGGGCUUCGUCAACGAGUCUCAGCGCCGGCAGUACGAGGAGUGGUUGGGGGAGACGCAGCAGCUCCUGCAGAUGCAGCAGCGCCUCCUGGAAGAUCAGAUCGCCGCUCACCGCAAGACAAAGAAGUCUCUGUCAGCCAAACAGAGAACAGCCAAGAAGGCCGGCCGACCCUUCGCUGAAGAGGACGCCACGCAGCUCCGCAACAUCACUGAGCAGCAGGGGGCGGUGCAGAAACAGCUGGAGCAGAUCCGGAAGCAGCAGAAGGAUCAUGCCGAGCUGAUUGAGGACUACAGGAGCAAACAGCAGCAGCAGAGAGCUCUUCAGCCAGCAGCCCCCCUCCUCUCACAGCCACCAGCGUCCAUGCAGCCCCGCCCAGGAGGACCGGCUCCAGCCCGUGCCCCAAACGUCACCCCUGGUUGGCCUCCAGGGGCCAGGGCCCCGGGGGUGAUGGCUCAGAGGAUGCCGCCUCAUCUGCCCCCUCAGAUGCCCCCUGCCCUGCCUAACACCCCCCCAGCUCCCCCUCACACCCAGAGCCCCCCGGUCAUGCUGCCCGGCCUCACUGCUCCAACGGCGGGCUUCCCUGCAGGUCCUCGGGGCCCGACCAGUGGACCCAGCGGGGCAGCAGGGGACGGAGCCUCUCGGCAGGUGAACUUUGACGACAACAACCCGUUCAGCGAAGGUUUCCAGGAGAGAGAGCGGAGGGAGCGGCUGAGGGAGCAGCAGGAGAGGCAGAGAGUUCAGCUCAUGCAGGAGGUGGAGCGUCAUCGUGCCCUGCAGCAGAGGCUGGAACUGGAGCAGCAAGGCCUCCUCGGAGCCUCCAUGGCUCCCGGAGCCGCAGUAGCAGCCAUGCCUCCAUCUGGAGCUCCAACAGGGGCUCGAGUCGGGCAAACACCGGGACCUGGAGGACCUGCCGGGUCAGCUCCUGGCCCGGGAGGGGACACUCUCUCCCAGAUGCCUUUCUUCAGCUCUGAGCUGCCCCAGGACUUCCUCCAGUCCCCCCCAGCCUCCAGACUUCCCCCACAGCACCAGGACCAGGCAGGUGCACCUUUUGCCCAACAGCCAGGCCUCCACCAGGGCUUCACAGGAGGACCACUGCACCCUGGAGCUCCCCUGGCUCCAGGUCUAACUCCUGGGGCCACAGCAGAGCUGGGCCGGGCCCUGCCUGACCAUGGGCCUCACAUUGAUGUGGUUCCUUCCAACCAUCAAACCAGACCAAGGUUCGCAGGCCCCACCGGGACCUCUGCCCAGACACAGGGACACCCAGCUGGGAUAGGAUCAGCAGGAAUUACCCUCCCUCAUCCUGGAGGUCAGGCUCAUUGUUUCGGACACGACUCCUCUUCUUCCUCCCCCUCUACCCCCUUCCCUGCCUCCUUCCCCUGCUCCUCUUCUGGAGGCCCCGCCUCCCUCAUGCAGCUCUACUCUGACAUCAUCCCCGAUGACAAAACAAAGAAGAAGAGGAGCAGGAAGAGGGACGGAGACGACUCUGUGGGGGGAGGAGGAGCCAGGACGCCGCUGUCUUCGCACUCUGAUGACAUCACAGCCCCGCCCACUCCUGCUGUGUCAGACACUUCCUGCUCCACGCCCACACGGGGUAGCAUGGACCAAUCAGAUCUGUCCUUCUCUCUGAGCUCCUCCCACUGUGGCCUGGCUCCAUCGUCGGAGUUGGAGAGGCAGCUGUCGGUGAUCUCAGCAGCCCAGCAGAGAGGCCCCGUCCUGGGCAUGGACCCUCUGAGAGGUCCCCUGUCUGCAGCCCGCCUAGAGGUCAAGGAGGAGCGUGAGGAGGGAGGAGCGUGUGGGGGAGGCGUGGUGAAGAUGGAAGAGGGUGGGGGUGAGGGAUUCUCCUCCCCCUCUCCUCUCCACGGGGGAGGUAAAGAUGGAGAUGCAGGGAAGGAGCUGCUCAGACACCUGCUGAAGGACAAGACAUCCCCGACCCCAACGCCAUCGCCCAACAGCCAGGCUCCACCCACUGCCUGCCGCCAGCUGUCCAGUGAGAGUGUCCGGUCUGAGGAGGAGGACAGGCCUGGUUCCCAUGGCAACAUGGUGAACAGUCCGGACCUCCUGGACCCGUCAGGCAGGAAGAAGACUCAGCGCUGUAAGAGAGUCGCUCGGCCGGACAAAGACAGAGCUCCUCUCAAAAACAAGAGGAGGAAGAAAGAGGAGGAUGAGAAUAUCCACUCCUCCACCUCCUCCUCUGACCCGCUGAUGACUCACCUUACACAGCUAGCAGUUCUGCCCCUCAUGGAGCCGGUUCUGGGGGUGGAUCUGAGUCUGUUCCCCCCUUACGGCAGCUCCUCUCUGGGCAGAGACUCCAGACUCUCUGGCUCCUUUGGCAACGCCUGCCUGGACGGAGUCACCGACUACUACUCUCAGCUCAUAUACAAGCAGAACAACCUCAGUAACCCCCCCACACCGCCGGCCUCCCUGCCCCCCACCCCUCCGCCUGUCGCCAGGCAGAAACUGGUCAACGGCUUCGCCACAACGGAGGAGCUGUCCAGGAAGGACAUCACCGAGCAGGACGUGAAAGGUGUGAAACAGAAGGGGGAGGGGCUUCUGCCUCUAAACCACGCCUCUAAGACGGUAGACGUCCCCGCUUCCCUGCCGACCCCGCCCCACAACAACCAGGAGGAGCUCAGGGUGCAGGACUCUUCGGAGCGCGACAGCCCGGACGGCUUCGUCCCGUCGUCGUCUCCAGAGAGCGUGGCUGACAUGGAGGUGAGCAGGUACCCCGAUCUCUCCUUCAUCAAACUGGAGCCGCCCUCGCCCUGCCCGUCGCCUACAUUACCCAUCAUGCCCUGUGCCUGGGGAAAAGCUUCUGCACUGAAACAGGAAGUGAAGGCGGAGCCUAGCCAUCAGGGUCCUCCCUCCUGCUCUAACACAGACCUGGUUACCAUAGCGAUAACCCUGAACCCUGUGGCAGCUCAGAACGUUGCUGGGGUGAUGGCAGCGGUGGCGGAGCUGCUGCGGGUCCCCGUCCCCGUUGACUACCAGCUGAGCCGCCCGGCGGGCCCCGAGCACAGCUCUCUGGCCCUGCUGGCUGGAGUCCGAGUGCCGCUGACACAGGGGGCGACAGGUAGCAGACAGCAGAGACCUCAACCUGCUGCUGGGAACACUGGUGUCAGAGUUAACUACAUCCAACAUGGCGGCACAGCUGUAGCUGCCGUCAGGCCUCAGUGUUGCAACUACUGCAAAGGGCUUCUGGGAAACGGAGUCCGCAUCGUCAAGGAGCUCAAACAGGAGGGUCAGUCUAAACCAGGAUCCAGUCUGGUGUUCUGCAGUCCAAACUGCUCUGCCCUCUACACAUCUGACCUGCAGAGCAGAUCAGCUGGAAACAAGGCUGCAGAGCCCGUCACGCUGUCUGGUUCUGAGGGCCCCCCUCCCAGCAGAGUUCAGCACCAGUACACCAACAACAUGUCCUCCAUCGCUGUCCACACCCUCCUCCAAACUCCCUCUGCACCCGCCCCCACGUCCUCCUCUCCACCCCUCUCCUUCCCCCCAGCCUCCACCAUCACCAUGGAGACCAAGACCCGCGUGGACAGCCUCAAGGUGAAGGUAAAGUUAAAGCCCCGCCCCCGGGCCGUCCCAGGUGGAGAGGACUCGCUGUCGUCUCGCCACCUGAAGAGGAUGAAGGGUUGCCGCUGGAGACGCUGGGGUGUUAGCAUCACACUGAGCAGGGGCCCUUGCAUCCCCAAUGAGGCGGUUGCCAUGCCAACAGAGGAGGAAGUGGACGUGCUUUUAAAGAAGUUGGGUGCGUGUCUUCGUCCUGACCUGUUACCCAAAGACCAGCGGAGGUGUUGCUUCUGUAACCAACAGGGAGACGGACAGACAGACGGACCAGCCAGACUGCUGAACCUGGACCUGGACCUGUGGGUCCACCUGAACUGUGCUCUGUGGUCCAGCGAGGUGUAUGAGACCCAGGCCGGCGCCCUGAUCAACGUGGAGCUGGCUCUGAGACGAGGGCUGACUCUCCGCUGUGCCCACUGUCAGAAGACCGGAGCCACGAGCGGCUGCAACCGCCUUCGCUGCACCAACACCUACCACUUCACCUGCGCGCUGCAGGCCCACUGCACCUUCUUCAAGGAUAAGACGAUGCUGUGUCACCUUCAUAAGCCCAGGAUGGUUCCUCUCAGUGGGGACAGGUCCUCCAGCUGCUCCCCCUCCUCCACCCCAGGGCAGACUUCGGACCCAGCGGCGAUGGCGGUCUCCGACCCGUAUGACUCUGAGCUGCGGUGCUUCGCUGUGUUUCGGCGAGUCUUCGUGCAACGGGACGAGGCGCGACAGAUCGCCGCCGUGGUGCAGCGUGGCGAGCGGCAGCAUACCUUCCGGGUCGGCAGCCUGCUGUUCCGCUCUAUCGGCAGGCUACUCCCACAGCAGAUGAAUGCCUUCCACAACAAGACCGCCAUCUUCCCCAUCGGUUACCAUGCCAACCGUAUCUACUGGAGCAUGCGCCAUAGCAACAGACGCUGUAAGUACCUGUGCUCCAUCGAGGAGCAGGAGGGCCAGCCGCUGUUCAAGGUGAAGGUGGUGGAGAAGGGAUACGAUGACCUCAUCGUGACCGGACCAUCACCUAAAGCUGUGUGGGACCAGAUUCUGGAGCCGGUGGCCCAGAUGAGAUCCUCCAGUGGGACUCUGAAGCUCUUCCCAGUUUAUCUGAAAGGAGAAGAUCUGUUCGGUUUGACCACGUCUGCAGUGACCCGGAUCAUCGAGUCUUUGCCAGGUGUGGAGACAUGUGAGCGGUACACCUUUCGUUACGGCAGGAACCCUCUCAUGGAGUGGCCUCUGGCCUUCAACCCGUCUGGUUCGGCCCGCUCUGAACCCAAAGCGUACCAGGCCAAGAGACCGAACCUGUUGACCAGCGUCGCUCCGAGGUGUCAGGGCUCGGUUGGCUCCAUCGUGGGCCUCGUACCUGGUGUCAUCUCUCUGUCCCCGGGUGAGACUAUGGCCGGCGCUCAUCAGGGCCGACACUCCAAGUCGGCCCAGUACCGACGAAUGAAGGCCGAGUGGAAGACCAACGUCUACCUCGCCCGCUCCCGCAUCCAGGGUCUGGGUCUGUACGCUGCCAGAGACAUCGAGAAAUGCACCAUGGUCAUCGAGUACAUCGGCACCAUCAUCAGGAGUGAAGUAGCCAAUCGCAAAGAGAGGCUGUACGAGUCGCAGAACCGCGGUGUGUACAUGUUCCGGAUCGACAACGACUUUGUGAUUGACGCCACCAUCACUGGAGGACCGGCCAGGUACAUCAACCACUCGUGUUCUCCAAACUGCAUCACGGAGGUGGUGACUGUGGAGAAGGAGAACAAGAUUAUCAUCAGCUCCUGCAGACGCAUCCAGAGAGGAGAAGAGCUGUCUUACGACUACAAGUUCGACCUGGAGGACGAUCAACAUAAGAUCCCGUGUCACUGUGGAGCCGUCAACUGCCGCAAAUGGAUGAACUGAACACAAACUGGCAGCUCUCUCUCUCUCUCUCUCUCUGUCUCUCUGUCUCUCUGUCUCUCUCUCUCGGUGCUGAAUACUGGAUAUUGAUCGCCCAUCACAGUGGGCGGGGCUACACUUCAUAUCAGAAGUCCAGAUAAUAAUAAUAAUGAAACUGAUCACCACAGAUUUGAUCAGAAAUAAUAAUGAUGGGGGAGGGGUAUAUAUACAUAUACAUAUACAUAUAUAUAUGUAUUGGGGUGGGUAGGGCUUACGGCGGUCAGGGUGUGUGAUUGACAGGGGAGGGGGCGGGGCUUGUGACGAGGCUGGUCCUCUGUGUGUAUAUUGAGUGUAAAAACGACCACAGUUGUAAAUGUGAGUGUAAACGCCACUGAAAUAACAGAAUGUCUCAAAGGGAGGCUCAGUAACUUGCACUAAAACACAGAAAACUACAAAAACAGAGAAAUUCCCACAGAAACAUACUUGAUUCUUCCUCCUCUUCCUCUUCCUCCUCCUCUUCCUCUUCCUCCUCCUCCUCCCUGCAUUUUGUUAAUUUCCUGUAAAAUAAGAGAUUUUUUCUGUUUGUAUUUAUUACUGAAUGAAGCUAUUUUCUAAAUUCACGGUGAGUUUGUUGUCCGGAGUCGCAGCGUGUAAAUAUCUGUAUCAUAAAUUUAAAAGAAAACAGAAAGUUUAGAAAUCACUCCACCGAGAGCUACCUUAACAUCCUCAUCCUCACCUUCAUCACCUGCCGAUCAGAGCAUUCUUCUGUUCGAGCUUAAAUAAAGUUUCUGUUUCCUGUUCCGGCGCCGGAGGCGGUGCGUUGUGAUUGGACAAAGACUGUGAACAGACGAGAUGCCUGCCGAGCGCCGGGCAGGUUUCACUGCGGCCUUCAUGAGUUGUGUGUCUUUGUGUUUGUGCUGCAGGCGUUUGUGUUUGUUGUUUCAGAGUCCUGCUGCCGUGUACAUAUGAGGUCUCAUCAGGACUCUGCUGAUGUUGAUGUACAGAGAGACGACAUAAAGACUUGUUUUGUUUUUUAUUAUUGGACGUAAACAGAGUGUGAUGAUGAUGAUGAUGAUGAUGUUUUUUUGUUUUGGGGAAAAAUGUGGAAUCUGAUUUAGAAUCAUUUACAGAAAAUAAAAUAUUUUACAUCUUGAA